AUGCUUGCUGACAGCUCUCGACCGAGCAGACGGAGCAGACCGGGCGGUGGCUCCGUGGGCUCCCACUGGUCACGGGCGAGUCCACCGGCGGAUGCAGAGUCUGAGGAGUCUGACAAUUCGCCAGAGGGCUCGGAAGCAGAAAAGGCCUCUUCAAAGGCUUCCUCAAAGGCCUUAAAGGGCGGCGGCGGCGACGUCGAGGCAGGUGCCAUCGAGGUCAAGGAUCCGGAGACCUUGUGGAAGGUAAACAUCGAGGCCGUCUACCGGCGCAAGAAUCCGAAGCUCUUGUCGAAGGUGCCGGAGUUCAUUGCUAAGUACAAGGCAAAUGGAACUCCGCUCUCGCAUCUCUACGCGAAGGUUUGCCGCACCUAUGAGUUGGACCCCAAGGUGAUGUGGGCCACCCGUGGGGAAGAGGAUGCGGACAAUGCGGACGAGGAUGGCGCCUGCUUCAAAGACAACGCCUUUGACGACGAGGAUAAAGGCGCUGCAUCAACCGCGGGCGCGGGGCUGAUUGGUACCACAGCGGGCGGUGCCUCCUCCAGUGGCGCACUGUUUGGAGGCACUUCCCUCUUCGGGGGCAGUGCGCCAAGCUCCGGCUCGACGUCCGGCGCGGACCUGUCAGGCCUCUUCGCUGCUGCCAAGCCAGCCACCUCCGAGGGGCUUGGGAAGCCAGCAGCCAGCAUCUUCGAUGUGGCUCCCAGCAGCAGCAGCAGCAGCUCCGGCAGCAUCUUCGGAAACUCGGGUGGCGCCAGUGCAGUGGCAGACGCACCGAGUUCAGGUGGCAUUUUCAUGUUCGGUGCUCCCAACACGGGCGGCGCCACAUCUCCUCCCAGCAUAUUUGAAGGCGCCGCCAGUGCAGGUACCUCUGGGGCCAGUACUAGCGGACAAAGCACUGCCAGCUCCAGCAUUUUCCAGUUUGGAGCCGCGGAACCACAACCUGCCAGCACUGGUGGCAGCAUCUUUGCGCCAGGCAGUGGGAGCAUCUUUGGUGCUGAAGCAGCCGCGAACGUCCUGGCACCUGCAUCGCAAAGCUCACAGAGUUCUGGAAGUGCAAGUUCCAACAUCUUCGGUGCCAUACCAAGCUCAGCAGGCGGUAUUUUUGGUGCUGCAACUUCUGGUGGCAGUAUUUUUGGCUCAUCUGAGCCAAACACAGGCAGCAUCUUUGGUGCCACCCAACCAGCAAGCAGUCCGAGCUCAGGGAGCCUGUUCGGGGCUCAGCCAACAAGCGCUCCAAGCGCUCCAAGCGCUCCUCCAAGCGCUCCUCCAAGCGCUCCAAGCAGUGGCAACAUCUUUGGUGCAGCCCCACCACCAAGCGAGCCUAGCUCUUCCAGCAUUUUCGGAGCGCAACCAGCCAGCGGCAACAUUUUCGGGGCGACUCAGCCAGCCAUCGCCCCAAGUUCUGGUGGCAUCUUCGGUUCCACCCCGUCAAUUAGCGGUCCGAGCUCCGGUGGCCUUUUCGGUGCCCCACAGCCUGCCACCACGGGCGGCAUCUUCGGUGCAGCCCCGGCAAGUUCGGGUGGCAUCUUUGGAGCCCAGCCUGCAGCACCCGCAGCGCCUGCAGCACCCGGCGCUCCUACUGGCAGCCCCAGCUCCGGCAGCAUCUUUGGAUCUCUUGGGGCAGUUGGGGCUCCUCAGCAAGGAAACAUUUUCGGAGCACCGCCGACGAGCGCGCCGACGAGCGCGCCGAGCAGUUCCGGCAGCAUCUUUGGCACCCCGGCGUCCGCAGCGGGUGGAGGCAUAUUCGGGGCUCCAAGCUCAGGGUCCAACAUCUUCGGCCAGCCACAGCCAGCGCAGCCAGCUGUUUCUAGUGCAGGUGGUCUUUUUGGUCCUUCCAGUGGCAGCUCUCAGGGAGGCAACAUCUUUGGUGCCUCCUCCGGCGGGCUAUUCGGUGCAGCCCCGAGCCCGGCAGGUUCUGCGAGUACUGGGAAUGUCUUUGGCCAAGCGGGUGGUGGCAACAUCUUCGGGGGUGGUGGAGGACCCGAAAAGCAGUUCGGAAGUCCCGGCGGAAGCUAG